CAUAUGAUUCAUAACACUGUACUCACAAACUGGAUUGGACCCAGCAUUAGGUGGGAUCCCAGCCUGAUGCAAGACCUGAAACACGACCAGUUGAACAGGUCAGACGUCAUGGAAAGAGCCAAAUAUUCUUUGAAUGCAAAGUAUCUCCUACUCUUCAUCAUUGUCUGCCUCUUGAUUUCCCUUGCAUUUGAGAGGAUCCCCAAAACAUACAGGAAGUUCAUGCCCCCACAUAAAUCUAACGUCUGCUCCUCUCGGCUCUCUGACCAGACCAUCACCCCUUUAAACAACACAAAGCAUUUUAUGGUGUCGGCCUUCAUGGACCAGCGAGUAAAAGGCUUUGACAUACGCAUCAUUAGCAUCUUUAGGAGAGACUCCAUCCAGCCUCUGCACUGUCUGUUCUGCUGUGUAGACCAUUUGUCAGAUACAACUCCAGCCACUGUUUUAGUGCACUCAGACCACUUUGACUUUCCCUACGGCGCCACAGAUGUCAUGUGUCAGAUUCCUCACAACUGCAACGCUACACAUGUUACACUUGUGCCGGACACAGUGAGGCCCACAAACCCGACGUGGCUUCCAUUAAGAAACAAGAAGACUCAUGAGAAGAAUAAAAGGUUUGAGUUUAACUUCACCGUCUGCAUCUCUGCCUUGUUUGGAGGAUACAAUAAUGUGCUUCAGUUUGCACAGACCCUCGAAAUUUACAGGCUGCUGGGUGUGGGCAGAGUGGUGGUCUACAACAACAGCGGCGGCCCAGAACUCAGCCGCCUGCUGCACAGCUACAGCCAGGAGGGUUUGGUGGAGCUGGUUCAGUGGCCCAUCCACAAUUAUCUGAAUCCGUCUCCUGGUUGGCAGGUGGCAGUACAUGGAGGGGAGCUACAAUACUACGGUCAGCUGGUUGCCCUCAACGAGUGCAUCUACAGGUCCAUGGAGCGCUCACGCUACGUCCUGCUGAACGACAUCGAUGAGAUCAUCAUGCCGUACCAGCACGACAGCCUGACGAGCCUGAUGGACACGCUCCAACCACAGCAUCCCAAUACGGGGGUGUUCGUCAUUCAGGUUAUAAUCUAUCCCAAGAAAACCACAGAGGAAAGUAACAAAGGCUACGUGGACGCAUGGAGGCAGGUCCCAGGCUUUAACAUUCUGCAGCGCAUCUACUGGGAGGACCGUAAUAAAGACCAAUACCACCCACACAAGAUGUUAGUUCAGCCAAGCUUUGUGGAGCAGACGUCAGUUCAUGAGGUGCUUAAGGCAUUCGGAGAAAGUUACAAGAUUCCAGAGAAGAUGUGUCAUAUCGUCCAUAGUGUAACAAACCGUCUCAUUGAACGGCCGCUGGAGGAGCUGCACCUGGACAAACGCCUGUGGGACUUUAAGGACAGAGUGAUACCACGAGUGACCGAGAUGCUGAGGAAAACAGGUCUGCUGAGUUCAGAGGAGGAAGCUGAUAGAAUUAACUGAUCCUACGUAUGAUGUGAUAUCUUUUUGAUUUUUAAAAUGUUUUUAAUGGUGACUAGAAUCUUUUGGUGCUUUUUUGUGAUUUGAUAUGAUUUGAUCGACCUCCCUCAACAGCAACAACCACAUUGACCCAAAAAAGCAGUGGCAUAGACAUUUUUCUGUGUUUGGAUCAUUCACUGCUCAUUUAAAUGCUACCUCAGAAGAUUUCAAGUUGUGUAGAAGUUCAUAAUUGGUUUGGGGCGAACAGGAACCUGGAGGAAAGACAUUUUGAAAUCAAAAUUAGACAACAAAGAAUUCUACACAAAUCUUAAGGCUAACUGCCAAUAAAGUAAAUAAAAUUUUUUAUAUUUUGAUUAAAAUUCUGUAUGUUGUGAGUG